UUUUUGUCAAAACUGUAUUCGAUCAAAAGAAAGUCACAUAUGUAGUUCAUGUUCUAUUGUCCUUCAAUGCCUUGCAAUAUGGUCCAGUUGGCAAAAUAAUGAACCAAUGUAGUACUAUUGGAUGACACAGUGUUUACUCAUAAAUGCGAUGUUUUGUUCCAGGUAGCAAGAGGGCCGUCAUGAAGAUUAUGCUAAUAGGUAUGCUAAAAACUUUUGUCAUCUUUUCAUAUGUGACGAUUUAAAUACCAAUGGUCCACUAAUAGUGUUUUUCUAUGAUGAAAUAGUAACUUCAAAAAUUUACCAUGCCUGUAAUCAUUGAAAAUUGAUUCUAAACUAAAAUUCCAGAGAAGCAACUCCCAGUUUGCACGUACUACUAGAAUUUAUGGAAUUUAGCUUUGUUGAUAUUUUUGCCACCAUGCAAUCUUGCAUAAAGGGAAAUUUAAACUACCUUUGGUCUUGCAAAUCAUAAUUACUAUACUACAGCCUUUAAUUAGUUUAUGCAAGGAAGUAACAUAUGCUUUCUUCGACAGCAGCAGCUGCAACCUUGCUAUUCCCAUGUAUUUAUAUGCUGACAUGGCGCAGAAAAGGGAGAAGACUAUGGUUUAUCCUUUGCAACAAGUCUAGCAGAAACAGUGAAAAUAAUUACGAGGCCAUGAUAGCAUCCUAUGGAUCCCUAGCUCCAAAACGAUACAUGUACUCCGAUGUAAUGAAGAUAACAUUUUCUCGCAGCAAUGAACUUGGAAAAGGUGGUUACGGUGUGGUUUUCAAAGGAAGACUUCAUGAUGGUCGUUUAGUUGCUGUGAAAUUCUUGCAUGACUCCAAAGGAAAUGGGGGCGAGUUUGUGAAUGAGGUUAUGAGCAUUGGCAGGACAUCACAUGUUAAUGUUGUUACCUUAUUUGGGUUUUGUUUGGAGGGAUCAAAACGAGCUCUUAUAUAUGAAUACAUGUCGAACAGUUCCUUGGAUAAGUUCCUUUAUUCAGAGAACCCCAAAGAAGUUUUAGGAUGGGAGAGGCUCUAUGAAAUAGCACUCGGGAUUGCUCAUGGCCUCCAAUACUUGCACUAUAGCUGUAAUACACGCAUCAUCCAUUUCGAUAUCAAGCCUCAAAAUAUCCUUCUGGACAGUGAUUUUAGCCCCAAAAUUGCUGAUUUUGGUCUCGCUAAAUUGUGUCAUACGAAAGAGAGUAAAGUUUCAAUGACUGGUGGUGCUAGAGGAACAAUUGGAUUCAUUGCCCCAGAAGUUCAUUCUAGAACCUUCGGAGUGGUUUCAACAAAGUCAGAUGUUUAUAGUUAUGGAAUGAUGUUGUUGGAGAUGGUUGGAGGCAGGAGAAAUGUAAAAUCAAUUGUUGAAAAAUCCAGUGAAAAGUAUUUCCCAGAUUGGAUUUAUGACCACUUUUCACAAGAUGAAGGUUUACAGGCAUGUGAUGUGACAAGUGAAACUACGGAGAUAGCUAGAAAGAUGACAUUAAUUGGCCUGUGGUGCAUACAGGUAUUACCUAUGUAUCGCCCUACUAUAACACGAGUUCUGGAAAUGUUUGAGAGAAGCUUAAAUGAACUGGACAUGCCACCAAAGCAGAACUUCUGUGAACUAGUGUAAGAUAUUUCUCUCCUACUUUUGUUCCUUUGUUUUUGUGUGAAAUUGUUAUUUAGCACUAACUUGAUCUACUCACUUGUCUCUCGUUUCAGUGAAAGUUCAUCUCACAAUAUGGAGGUACAAAGUGCAAGUUCUACCAGUACCAGAUUUGAGAAGAUAAGCCAUGUGAACUCAAAAAACCUACAACGGUUGCCAACUCUUUCAGCAGAUAUAUAAGCCCCAUUAAUCCAAAAAAAAUCCUACAAUGAUUUCCACUCUUUAAGAAGGUGACCUGCAUUGGAGUACAUUCAGAAAUUGAACAAGCACAAUGAAAUUCAGCAUUGUACAUAUUCCAUAUGUAUGCAUGAUCUGGAGCCUCGGUCCGAUGUCAGCGCCCACAAGUUACUGUCCAAGCAAGAACUAAAAUUAUUUCAGGUAUCGUAUGAGCUUUGUGUUGCAAGCUCCAACCGCUAAAAUGCAUGGAUCUUUAAGAGUAUAAACACAAAAGCAGGAUUUAGGCUCUAAGUAUGGGCACUAAACUUUCAUAAUAUGGAUGCAUAAAGGG